AAUCCUCAGUAGAACGCAGGACGGUGACGUGUUUUUGCUACGUGUCAGGAAGUUGUGUGAUCAACAUGGCGGCGCAGCAGGGAGAUGUUGAUGAACUGUUCGAUGUUAAAAAUGCAUAUUACAUUGGCAGUUAUCAACAGUGUAUUAAUGAGGCUCAGAAGGUGAAGCCGUCAUCACCAGAGAAAGAAACGGAGCGGGACAUGUUUUUGUACAGAGCAUACAUUGCCCAGAGGAAGUAUGCUGUUGUUCUGGAUGACAUCAAGGCCAAUUCUCCUCCUGAGCUUCAGGCUGUAAAGAUGUUUGCGGAGUAUCUGUCCAGCGAAAACAAGAGGGAUGCUAUUGUUGCUGAUUUGGACAAAAAGAUGGCAAAAAGUGUGGAUGCCGCCAACACCACCUUCCUCCUCAUGGCUGCCUCCAUCUACUUUCACGAGAUGAACUCGGACGCUGCUCUCAGGACUCUGCACCAAGGAGAAAGCCUGGAGUGUAUGGCCAUGAGUAUUCAGGUGCUUCUGAGUCUGGAUCGUGUCGACCUGGCAAGGAAAGAGCUGAAGAAGAUGCAAGAGCAGGAUGAGGAUGCUACUCUAACCCAACUAGCCACAGCCUGGGUUAAUAUUGCUGUGGGCGGAGAGAAACUUCAGGAUGCCUACUACAUUUUCCAAGAGAUGUCUGACAAGUACUCAUCUACACUGUUGCUUCUCAACGGGCAGGCAGCCUGCUACAUGGCUCAGAACAAGUGGGAGGAGGCUGAGGGAGUGUUACAGGAAGCACUUGAUAAGGAUAGCAGCCACCCUGAGACGCUGAUCAACCUCAUAGUGCUGACACAGCACCUGGGCAAAGCUCCCGAGGUGACCAACCGGUACCUCUCCCAGUUGAAAGAUGCACAUAGAGCCCACCCAUUCCUCAAAGAUUAUUUAGCCAAGGAGAAUGAGUUUGACAGACUAACGAUGCAGUACGCUCCCACCGCCACUGCAUAAAACAUUUACUGAGGCAACUCAACCGUGGACUGUAGUUUAAUGUGAUGAAGACAACCCUCUCUCAGUUAUUUACAUGCAUUUGUUUUGAUAUUAUUACUUGGAAAGUUUGGCUCAACCACACUAGAAAUCCUAAUUUCCUUUCUUAUCCAUUCAUAUCUUUAUGCGUUCACUUGCCAGUUCAUUAGGUACACUAGUGAAAAUGAAUUCUGAUGUAAUAAUCUUGCACAAAAUCCAAUUCAAGACUGUAAAAGAGUAGGAAAGGUGGUAAUUAAAGUCUGCGAGGAUGCUUUAAAUGGGACUCUCAAUAUAAUAGAAACCUAUGUCAACACAAUUCAAUACUACCACAUACUGUAACUCUCAAAAUGAUUAUACAAUUGAAUCAACAGCUCUUUCAGAUAUUUGAAACAAAUGCUAAAUACUGAAUACCUUCAUGAAGAUAAGAUUUAGUGCAGGACUGUUAUUAUUAGUUUUCACUGUUGUACCUAAUGAAUUGGGUAGUGAGUAUGUGUAUUUGUAUUGAUUUUCUUACCAGAAAAGUCUGGCUACAAGUCAUGUUUUCUCUGCAUUUCUCUUACAGAAGCAACAUGCAUGUUCAAUGUAAGCAUUCCUCUGAAAUGAUAAUAAAUCUUUAAUACCUGG